UCUCAUUCGUUAGACAUUAGUAGACGUCUGACUGUUUUGGUCGCUAGUGUUCGGUGCUUUCAUCUACUCGUUGUCCGAUCGCUUCAAGCUUUUAACGAUGAAUAACCCAAUGAUUUUGUUCGUUGUGACGAUGUUAACAGCGUCCGUUCACGGGACACUUACAGCAGAAGAUCAACCAACUUUUGAUCCGACUGUGGCAAUCACCAAUUUCAAUCAAUUUAAAACCAAUUUAGACAAAGCCCAAGAGUUCUUGAUCAGCAUUUACAAAGGAGCCUUUGGAGGCAUUUCGGCUUUUUGGUUAGUCUAUUCAUUCUGGAUGGUCUUGUCGGUUUUCUACUACUCUUUCAGUGUCAGCUAUCUGAACGCCAGAGACGAAGCUGAAGCCGAAGCGAAGGAAAACGAAAUCCAACGAGCCUUUCAGGUGUCGCAGAUUGACGUCAACUCCAUUUUUCAAAAAUUGAGAAGCAUUCAUGACAAGGCUACUAGUAAGGUGGGCGACAGUUGCUAUCGGCGUGGCCUCUGCGAAAUACGGAGCUAUUUGGCCACCACCAGGUUCUACAGUGGGAUCCCGAAAUUGAUACGGAGGAUGUUGCGUUUGGAGCCACAGAGUCGCGAAACAGGCACGUGCAGCCAAAUUCAUUACGAGUGCACCAUAACUAAAUUGCUGGCCAGUCUCAUUCAAUGACCACUUGUUUUCUGAUGUAUUUUGAGCUUGUUCCCUUUUCCAAAUAAUUUAUUAUUCCAUUUUGAAUCUACAUAUUUAUCAUCCCUUCUGUACAAAAGAGCGAAGAGGUCUCCUUUAUAUUCAUGUGAUUAGCUCUAAGUAAUAUAUACACUCCGUCCUUGGCGCGUU